AUGAAUAUCAAGGGACUGAGCACAUCACCAAUGAUCGUGGCCAACAGUUUGCAUUCCAACCGAUUCGUCUUUGGCAAGAGCUUGGGAACUGGAAUGUGCCACGUUGACAACCUGUUCCUCUAUGACUAUGGUGGCGACUGGACGAUGCCAGCCAUCCGCAAGUGGAUCGCAGGAAUGGGACAGCGUAUUGCCGAGGUGCAUGCAGCCGGAGACGACUGUGUAAAGUCGUGCUACGAGGCCACCUGCAUGAGCUAUGAGUUUGUCCGUGCCAAGAAGCGAUACGAGGAUAACAUGCGUCGUUCUGGUGUGCAUCUGACCAACGUCAAUGAUGCUCCACUACCGUGUGAUCGACGCCGUGUUCCUCAAGCCGAUGGUCACCUCCAGCAUGGAUGA